AUGAAGCUGCUAACGUUUGGUGCUGUGAUUCUCGUCACAAUCGCGAAUAGUUUUGGUGCAAAUAUACUCGGAGUAAUACCGACACCAUCUCAUAGUCAUCAAGUAGUAUUUUGGCCAAUAUGGAAGGAAUUAUCACUGAGAGGACACAAGGUCACAGUGAUUACAACCGAUCCCAUAAACAACCCGAAACUUGAAAACUUGACGGAAAUAGACGUGCACAGUGCCUAUCAGUAUUUCAACUUCAAUAUGUUCGAAAUGGUUGAGAAACCAUUCUGGAAAAUGUUCUCUAUCUAUGCCGAUGUUUUAACAAACAUGGCGGACCACAUCAUUAAGAACGAUGAAGUGCAACGCCUAAUUAGUGACGAAACCGUCCACUUUGACGUGGUAAUGGUGGAAGCGUUUCACACUGCCGCACUUGGAUUUGCUACAAGAUACAAAUGUCCGUUAAUUUUGAUGUCGUCAUUAGACGGUUCCUCAUUCGCUUACAGAGAAAUUGGUAAUCCAGCCCAUCCCGUUUUGCAUCCCGACUUUAUGUUGCCAGUUCAAAACGACUUAGCGUUUCUUCAACGUCUCGCAAGCACAUGGAAUAUUUUCUUAUCAAACUUAAUCCAAAAUUAUUUGGUCAUCCCUCUGCAACAAGACUUGGUGAAAAAGUAUUUUGGAGAAGGUUAUCCGCCAAUUCAAGAUAUAUUUAAGAAUUACAGUGUCUUCCUUGUUAACACCAAUCCUCUGCUUCACCCAAUUAGGCCACUUCUUCCUAACAUUAUUUCGAUUGGUGGUGGAACCCAUCUGAGAAAACACAAUGUUCUGCCAGAGAAUCUCCAACGCGUAUUGGAUGAUGCCACAAAUGGAGUUAUCUACUUCAGUUUAGGCACUAAUGCUAAAAGCAAACAUCUUUCCUAUGGUAUCCGAAGAGAGAUAUUGGAAACCUUUAGAGAAUUGCCUUACACAGUGCUAUGGAAAUUUGAAAACGAUAAUAUGCCUAACGUCUCCGAAAAUGUGGUCAUAUCCAAAUGGUUUCCGCAACAAGAUAUCCUUAAACAUCCAAAUGUGAAAUUAUUCAUAACCCAGGGAGGUUUACAGUCGUUGGAAGAAGCUAUAUUUAGCAAUAUACCGAUCGUUGGCAUUCCUGUGAUGGCGGAUCAAAUGGUGAACGUUGCCAAUGCCGUUUCCAAAGGUUUAGGUUUAUCGCUAAAUUACAAAGACAUCAAAAAGGACGAUUUCAAGUCUGCAAUCCUGGACGUCAUUAAUGAUCCAAGGUAUCGAAACAAUGCGAAGAAAAUGGCUGAAUUUCUACAAGACCAACCGGAGACUGGAGUGGAUAGGGCGGUUUGGUGGACAGAGUAUGUAAUCAGAAAUGGAGGGGCUCCACACCUUACAAAUCCUGGUAUACAGUUACCCUGGUACCAGUACUAUUUGUUAGACGUUUUUGGAUUUGCUUUAUGCCUUUUAUUUGCUGCCGUUUACACAAUUAUUGUUUUAUGUAGAGCAGCGGCAAGAAUUAAGCUACCUUUAAAACGGUUUUUUAAGGUUAAGGUCACGUAAAUUAUGGGCGAGUGCAUUGAAUGGGGAAUUAUUUUUAUAAAAUAAUG